AUGCACAUUCUAUGUCUACAUGGAGCCGGCUCGAACUCUCGAACAGCUGCCAUCCGGUAUGAACUCGGCGAUAGCCACACCUACGACUUCAUCGAAGGCAACAUCCCUGCCCCAAUGCAGCCGGGGAUUGAACUCAUCGCGACCAAGGAUGAGCCAAUGUACGCUUACUUCGACGAGAAGAACCCGGGAAGUGGAGUCGCCGCCUACAGACAUCUAGAGGAACUGCUCUACCACGAAGGACCCUACGACGGCGUCCUCGCGUUCAGCCAGGCAGGCACGUUGAUCCUGACCUACCUCGCGUAUCUCGCCAAACACAAGCCGAACUGCCCCCUGCCAUUCAAGUUCGCCAUUAUCCUCUCGAUCACCCACCCACCCCUGGACUACGGCGGCAUUCAGAGUGGGGAGAUCCGGCCGAUAGACCUCGGAGCCUACAAGGAUGCGGUUCGCAUUCCCACGGCGCACAUCUGGGGCUCGCGGGAUCUGGCGGCGAACGAGAUUGCGUUGACAAAUACCAUCUGCGCGGCGGGGGUGCGAUGGGUUAAAGUGAAUGAAUGCAAGGUCCCGGGGGAUUCACACAUUCACUCCUACCCGGUGCAGGGGUCGUCGUACGGGUCUGAUUUCUUAUACCAAGAACGAUCUAGCAAAAUAAGCCUCUGGCCGAAUUCUGGACGGGUCCGCCAAGUAAGCAGUCCCAGCGCAAUGGAUGUCAAUCACAAAACCCAUGGCUCGUUCCCCGAAUCGCACACCCUGCCAUCCUUGAGUGCCUCGUCGGCCGAAGAUCCGGAGAAUGAGGUCUUUGGUCAGCCGAAGUACAUGCAUGGCCCUCGACUGUGGUUCGCUGGCGGCGGUAUCGCGCUGAGUUUGUUCCUCGCUACAGCUGAGAUCACAAUCAUUAGCACCUCGCUAGUCACCAUCAGCCGUCACCUGGACGGUUCCGACCAAAGCACCUGGAUCAUCACCUCCUAUCUCCUGGCCUUCGCGGGCUUCCUCACCCUCUGGGCUAAAUGCAGUCAUUUCAUCGGGCUCAAGCUAGUGAUGCUGAUUUCACUAGCCAUUUUCGUUGCCUUCUCAGGCGGUUGCGCUGCUGCUCAGACCAUGAGUCAGCUUAUUAUCUGCCGCGCCUUCCAGGGCGUCGGAGGAUCAGGGGUCUUUACUUCGUGCCUUUUCGGCGUUAUCUGCCUUCUUCCUCCGGCCAAGUAUGACAUCGCCAGUGCGGCGGGGUCAGGUGUGCUGACGCUGGCGCUUAUCCUGGGUACAGUUAUCGGGGGUGGUAUCAGCAGCUCCGGCGCCUGGCGCUGGGUUUUCCUGUUCAAUGCUGACCUGCUUGCCCCAUCUAGUGUUCCUGCCGGGGUAGUGGCCUGGGUGAUCAUAUGGAUCCUGGUCCCCAAAGACUUUGAACGUGCCCGAAAGGCCGAGAGGAGCCACGUGCAUGGGCCAUGGAGUUUCCUGACCAAAGCAGACACCGUUGGAUGCCUGCUGCUGCUCGCGUUCUCCGUCCUAUUCGUGGCUGCCUUCGAGGAAGCGAACAUCCGGUACGCGUGGUCGUCAGCCGCCAUCAUCAGUAUGCUAACGAUCUCGGGCGUGCUUCUGGUUGCGUUCAUCGCGUGGGAGUGGUCCGUGGCCAAUCGCAAGUAUUGGGGCUUCGAGCCAAUUCUUCCUUGGGGCAUCCUCCGCAACCGAGUGCUGUUGGGAGCCAUCCUAGGAUGCUUCCUGACAGGACCUGCGAUCACAAUCCUGUUCAUCGAACUCCCGCAGCGCUUCCAAACCGUGAACCACAGUACGGCAAUCGGAGCCGGAGUGAAGGUCCUCGCCUUCGGCCUGGGCUCGCCCGUUGGCGCGGCGGUGUGUAGUCUCCUGGCCGGGCGAUUGCGCACUCCCUUCGUGUAUCUCGCGGCGGCAGGGUCCGUGCUGCAGAUCGUGGGAGCCUUCCUCCUCUCCUCGAUUCCCCCCACUUUGGACAUCUGGCCGGGCCAGUAUGGAUACAUGGUAAUCACGGGCAUGGGAACGGGGAUCUCUAUUGCGGCCCUGUACAUGUGUGUUCCGGUGGUGGUUACAAUUGAUCAAGUCCCGCUGACUUACCCAACAGGAACUGCCAUGGGCCUGACGCUCCAAGCGCGCAUGAUCGGGGCCUCCCUCGGCGUGGCCAUCGUCAACAGCAUCCUGAUCGAUUACGUCAAGGGCCAUCUUCCGGCCACCGAGGCAGCGGCGGCGGAUCCGAACCUGCUCGCCGGGUUUCCGACGGCGACCCAGGAGGAAAUUCGUAAGGUCUACGCGGUGGGGUACAAUCGACAGAUGUACGCGGUUGGGGCGUUCGGAGCGGCGCAAUUGAUCGCUGUGGCCUUGAUGUGGAAGAGGGAGCAAGUCCGGCUUGUCAAGUGA